AUGCCGGAACGUCAUAUCUGCUCGAAACCCGGAAACGACCACACGCAAGCUGGAAGGUGGGACGGUCAGAACGAGAUCACGGCGCACAGGCCAGAAGUGUAUGACGGCGAGGAAUCUGCACUGGAUAAGCAGGAUCUCAUAGAUGGCGGUUGCCGGCUAUGGCGUGAAGGGAGCGACCGACUGUGGCGUGAAGACCGGACGAAACCGUACCAGGCAUCGUCAACCAGAGAAUGUGAGCAUUCAGCCUCUCUCGACCCGCAACCGCCACCACUCACCGCCGCCCCAAGUCAACCCCAUGUCCCUCCUCCAUCGCUGCAGCACCUCCCCCACCCUCCUCCCCCAACUCCACGCCAGAUCCUCAAGUCCGCCCACUCUCACCACCCGUUCCUCCUCACCCGCCUCGCCCACACCUACCUGUCCGCCUCGCUACUCCCGGCCGCGCAAACCAUCCUCAAUUCCUUCCCCAACCCUCCGCCCCUGUUCCUGUGGAGCGAGACCAUCAAGGCCUAUUCCCGCAACGGCCGCUUCCGCUCCGCCCUCGACGUGUACCACCGGAUCCUCUCCCUCGGCGUCUGCCCCAACGAGUUCACCUUCACCUUCACCUUCGUCCUCCCGGCCUGCGCCGGCGCGCGGGACCCCGACGAAGGCCGGAGGAUCCACGAGGACGUGCUCAGCUUCGGUUGCGGCUCCAACAUCUUCGUCGCCACGGCGCUCGUUGAUAUGUACGGGAAGUGCGGAGACGUCGGGUUGGCCCGGAGGGUGUUCGACGGAAUGCCUGUUAGGGGUGCCCCUAGCUUCCAUGCCCUAAUUUCUGGGCGAGCCUCAUUGCUAUCGUAUGUCUCGAAUGGGGAGUAUGAGGAAGCAAUUUCCAUAUUCAACCAAAUGCAGCAAUCUGGAGUGCAAUUUGAUGCAAUGACGAUGGCAGGCGUCCUGCAAGCUUGUUCCCAUUUGGGGACCCUCCAACGGGGGAAAUGGAUUCACGAGCAAGUCUUGCAGACCAACAUGGAUAUCAGCAUCCAUUUUGGUGCAGCUUUGAUAACCAUGUAUGCCCGGUGUGGUAGCAUCAACGAUGGACGGAGAAUGUUCGACGGUAUGCCCGAAAGAGAUUUGAUCUGUUGGACAGCCAUUAUCUCUGGAUACGGGAUGCAUGGUCUACCAAAAGACGCAGAGGUUCUUUUCAAUGAAAUGGUGGCAUCUGGAGUUAAGCCAGAUGCCACUGAGGAGAGGUUUGGCUUAAACAUACUGCCAAAUGAAUGAAGAAAAAUAGAAGGGUUAAGAUGGUGAAGUUGACAAUGAUAGCACGUGUUACUGAUGGCUUACCAUUAGCUGAAGGAUUGGAUGAUGGUCGUGACCAGAAAGAUGCAGACUUUUAUAAGCAGCAAGCUAAGCUUUUAUUUAAGAAUCUGUC